AUGUCCUCACCCUCAAAGCCCUUCGAUAUCCCCAGCCCACGACAGCAGAAUGUGCAGAAUGUAGCAAGCACCCCGCCCACUUUUGGCACACCCAAUCUCGGUACUUCUGCCUCCCCUAGUCCACGCUUCCUCAGGGCUCAGUACACCGGGGCGACUCCUCCACCUAACGUCCCGCCCAGAUCCACUGGCACCCCGAUAGGCACCCCAAGGCCACCGUCUAACUUCCUUCCAUCUGCUGCGGGAGAAUCUUCCUCUUACAGUUCCAGAGGCUUUGCUAGCGAUGUCGGCGCUCGUCCUGCCGUUGGAGCCGCAGGGUCUCACGUCGACAAUCCCUUCGACGACUUGACAGACGAGGAGAAGGCUAGAAUUCUCAGGAAACAUCUUGUUUCCAGGGAGGAGCGUCAUAACAAUGGCGCAGGCCUUUCAGACCAAGCAGCUGGCAGCUCGUCCCGUCCCGACUCUGUUUCGGGCAACUUGUCGAACCGUUCUUCAGUCUCCCAGUUCCGCCCACAGCGGGAAGACACCGAGCCAUUCCCAGUUCCGUAUGAUGCACCAGGAGCCGAUAUAACGCAUAACAUCUACAAAUGGCAGGCUGAUAAGAGGCGCCAGGCUGCUCGUCCUCGCUCCGCUUCAUAUGCUGGAUCCACUCACACGGAGCCUCCCCAUCCGGCUUUUGAGCACAUACACGAACCAGGAGGUUUUCGCCGUACAUAUGUCGUGAUGAACGAUCCCGAACGUGCCGUCGACCCUCCAAUGGUGCGGAAUUUCAUCGAGUUCCUUUACAUCUUCGGUCACUUCGCUGGUGAAGAUCUUGAGGAGAUUGAGGAGGAAGACGAGUUGGUAGAUGAGAUCCCUAGCGCCGAAGCAGCGCCAUCGUUCAACGGCACUCCUUCAUACGGCACUAGCGAUCUGCUACCCUCUUCCGUUGUCGAUACAACGCAGAUAUCCGCCGCUCAUAAGGCGAGCGAGCGUUCACCUUUGCUACAACGGUCGCAGACCUCCCGCUCUCGCUCAAGGAGGCGCUUGUCGAGUGUUGGGCCACACGGAGAUGCUACAGUAACGGAUGCGGUUCUCAUGUUGUUGAAGUCUUUUGUUGGCACUGGUAUUCUCUUCCUCGGCAAAGCGUUCUUCAACGGUGGCAUACUAUUUUCGAGCGCCGUCCUAACGUUCAUCGCCCUGAUUUCCCUUUACUCGUUCCUGCUGCUCGUCAAGACGAAGUUCGUGGUCACUGGAAGUUUCGGAGAUAUCGGCGGGGCUCUCUACGGACCUUGGAUGCGUUAUGCGAUCCUUUCAUCUAUCGUUGUAUCUCAGCUCGGAUUCGUCUCGGCAUACAUCAUCUUCGUCUCGGAGAACCUCCAGUCCUUCGUCUUGGGUAUCACCAACUGUGCUAAGCUCCUCGGCAUCCAAUACUUCAUCCUCCUGCAGAUGGUCAUCUUCCUACCGCUCGCGCUCAUUCGCAACCUUGCGAAGCUCAGCACGACCGCGCUUGUGGCCGAUGCUUUUAUCCUUGCCGGACUCAUCUACAUCUUCGGAAGUGAAGCUGCUAUUAUGGCUCGCAACGGUCAUGCUAAGGUCGAACUCUUUAACUCCAAAGACUGGCCGCUCCUGAUUGGGACUGCUGUCUUCUCCUUCGAAGGUAUUGGUUUGGUCAUUCCGAUCACCGAUGCAAUGAGAGAGCCCCGCGAAUUCCCCAAGGUGCUGACAGGCGUGAUGCUGUUCUUGAUGGUUUUGUUCUGCGGCGGAGGAGUCAUGUCGUACUUGACCUUUGGUGCUGACGUCCAGACCGUGGUCAUCGUCAAUCUCGACACUACCAGCAAGCUCACACAAGCGGUCCAGUUCCUCUACUCGCUGGCGAUCCUGCUGUCGGUCCCCCUGCAGCUCUUCCCGGCCGUCCGCAUCAUGGAAAACGGCAUCUUCGAGCGCAGUGGCAAGCAAAGUGUGCUCGUCAAGUGGCAGAAGAACUUCUUCCGGUUCUGCUGCGUCGUGUUCUGUGCCGCUCUCAGCUACUUCGGCGCCGCCGAUCUGGACAAGUUCGUCUCGUUCGUCGGCAGUUUCGCCUGCGUACCGCUUUGUUACGUUUACCCGCCCAUGUUGCACUACAAGGCGUGCGCGCGAACGCGCAGGCAGAAGAUGGCGGAUAUUGCGCUCAUGAUCUUCGGAACGGCCGCGGCCAUCUAUACCACGGUUCAGACUGUUCGGCUUAUGGUGGAACCCGCCCCAGCGGAACCUCCUGUUGUCGGACAGUGCGGUCGCUCUCCUGAGGAUCCUCUCCGCGGCCUCCGUUUCUAGAUGAUCGACGUCUAUGCUUUGUUGGCGGUAAUCGCUUGGGGCGGGAUGGACUCCUUUACUGAGAUCUUCAUCUUGGAUACAUCGCACCCGCAAACUUUCAAGACAAGAUAGCCUUCUUUCUCUUGUUGUACCACAGUCUCUACCCCAACCUCGCCACAUAUACAAUGCUCGUAGCAUAGAUCUCAUUGGUAUUAAUGGUUCACAUACUCGACACAUCAAUGUCAUACGCAUCAUCAUAGCUGCCUCUAAGCAAUGCUAAGUUAUUCCAGAGAUUGGUGUGCGUCUCAAAACAAUGCGUUGACUAGAUAGCAGAAACACAGCAUUAGACAUCCAUGCAGAACUCCAUAUGAUAUCCUCCAAUUGAUAUAUGGCGUAGCCCAGGGGCCCCGACUUUUAGCCCAACCUCGCCGAUGCAGACCCCGCCACCUGGUCGUCAUUCUGCUCGUUCCUCUCCCGUAUCCGUUUCUCCUCCCUGACACACGAAACCCACGCAAACCACAUCAUCGUGCGCAAUUGUAAGACGUCUUCCUUCCACGCCUUCACAUGGUUCUGCUCGCGGAACUCGCGGGUGAGGACCUCGCACCGCUCCACGUUCUCUGGGCUGACAAAGUCGCAGGCGACCUUGAUACAGUCUGCAAGGUUGCACACCUGGUGCGCGCACCCAGCAGGGAUGAAGACCGCCUCGCCAGGCUUUUGAUAGAUGCGGUGGCUCACGACCCCGAAGUCCCUAUAGAGCUCUUGCCGGAGCGACGAGUCGAGGUAGAACCGCUGCGCGUGGAUGGGGUCGUUGUGGAGCUCCCCGCCGAACUUCUUGUACAGGAACGCGCGCAGCUUGGGCGUGUCCGCAGCCUUGUAGAUGUCCCAGGCGGCGCACCCGGGGCGGCCGUCCGGCGCCUGCGAGGCAUAGGUCAUGAUGUUGAUAGCGUCAGCCAUGUCCAUGUGCAGCCGGGUGGAGCCCUUGCUGCCUUGGGACUCGAAUGAGCCCAUCGCGUUGUACAUCUUUGGACCGAGGUCGGGCCUAAUCGUGUUGCUCGGGAAGUGCGACGCGAUGUUGAGUACGCCGUCGCGCCGUACAUAGUCGGGCACGGGGGUCGCUUGGGCGAAAUCGUCGUACAGUUCAGGGAACGUACUUUUGAAGUCGGCCGAGGGCGGCCAGUCCUUCAGCUUCCAAUAGCCACGUCGAUGCUCGUAGUUGCCGAAUCGUGAGAAGAACUGGGAAACGCUGACCUCUUUGCAUCUCUCGGAUUGGCACUCAACUAUCGUGCACCGCUCUGCACCAUAGUGGCUGCUGAAGUAUUCAGUUGUCCACUGGAUACGGAAUUUUGGGAGAAGUCCAGUCACGAUGAUCGGGUCGCCGCGGCUCCAUAGCCGUUGGAACGCCUCUUCUGUCAAUUCCGUGCAAGG